GCCCAGAGUCCAGGCGGGGCAAAAGGGGCCGACCGGCUUCGAAGGGAGGCGACGGCCGAGACACAAAGUCCGGCGCGAGCCAGGCGCCCCGCGGCGUGCAAUUUUAUUUUGCAAAAGGUGCACCCAGCGCCUGUCGCGGUAGAGUUGAACCCACCGCGAGAGGGGGCGGGAGCGGCGGGCCGAGCGGCCGCGGGCUCCUCCCUCGGCGCCUCCGCUAUCUGGGUCAGGACGCGACGGCCGCGGCGCGGGACUUUAGGACCCGCGGGCUCCGGGGCUACUGUCCGCCCGCCGCAGCCCGCCAGCAGGUCCUGGUCUUCGCUCUUCGACAGCUGAAAGGCCGGCGCAGUGAACACAGAAACAAAAACCAAGAAAUGCCUUAUUCCACAAACAAAGAGCUGAUGCUUGGCAUCAUGGUGGGCACUGCUGGAAUCAGCUUGCUGCUCUUGUGGUACCACAAGGUCCGUAAACCAGGGAUAGCAAUGAAGUUACCUGAAUUUCUUUCUCUGGGUAAUACAUUUAAUUCAAUAACUUUGCAAGAUGAAAUACAUAAUGACGAAGGAACAACAGUGAUCUUUCAAGAAAGGCAGCUUCAGAUACUGGAGAAGUUAAAUGAAUUACUGACAAAUAUGGAAGAACUCAAAGAGGAAAUCAGAUUUCUUAAAGAAGCUAUUCCAAAGCUGGAGGAAUAUAUACAAGAUGAACUUGGAGGGAAAAUAACUGUUCAUAAGAUAAGCCCUCAGCACAGAGCGAGAAAAAGAAGACUCCCCACAAUUCAAAGUUCAGCAACAAGUAAUAGUUCAGAGGAAGCAGAAAGUGAAGGAGGGUAUAUUACAGCUAAUACUGACACAGAAGAACAGAGUUUUCCAGUCCCUAAGGCUUUUAACACACAUGUAGAGGAAUUAAAUUUAGAUGUCCUUCUUCAGAAGGUAGAUCAUUUACGUAUGAGUGAGUCUGGCAAGUCGGAGAGUUUUGAACUACUUUGUGACCACAAAGAAAAGUUUAGAGAUGAAAUAGAGUUUAUGUGGCGAUUUGCUCGUGCUUAUGGAGACAUGUAUGAACUAUCUACAAACACACAAGAAAAGAAACAUUAUGCUAAUAUUGGAAAAACUUUAAGUGAAAGAGCUAUUAAUAGAGCACCCAUGAAUGGACAUUGUCAUCUGUGGUAUGCAGUUUUGUGUGGCUAUGUAUCUGAGUUUGAGGGUUUACAAAACAAAAUCAACUAUGGGCACCUCUUCAAGGAACAUCUAGAUAUAGCAAUCAAACUUUUACCAGAGGAACCCUUUCUAUAUUACCUCAAAGGGAGAUACUGCUAUACUGUCUCAAAACUGAGCUGGAUUGAGAAAAAAAUGGCUGCUACUCUGUUUGGAAAAAUACCAUCUUCAACUGUACAAGAAGCUUUACACAAUUUCCUUAAGGCUGAAGAACUAUGCCCUGGUUAUUCUAAUCCCAAUUACAUGUACUUAGCAAAGUGUUAUACUGAUCUUGAGGAAAACCAGAAUGCUUUGAAGUUCUGUAAUUUGGCAUUAUUGCUUCCUACUGUUACCAAAGAGGAUAAAGAGGCACAGAAAGAGAUGCAAAAAAUAAUGACUUCCUUGAAGAGGUAAAUAAACGAAUUUACUCUUCAACAAAUCAAAUAUGGUCUACCAAAAUUUAAAUGAAUCAAAGUUGUGCUUUUAUUAUCCUUUUCUUCAUUUUUGUUGUAAGGGUAUUGUGCUCAGAUUUGAAGGUAAAGCCAUGUUUCUGGAGAAUGCAUUCCACUAGUAGCACUACAAAAUUAAUUAUGUUAUUUGGAGAAUAUAUAUACCAUAAUGUCAAUGCAUAAUCUAUAAACAUGUAUGCUUUAUAUUUUUCUUAUCAAUAAACUGCAGCCUUAAAAAUAUUUCUUUAAAAUAUUUAAAUCCAAUAAAAUGAAUCUUCAUGAAUAUUUUAUUGUUUCAAUGGAGACUUCAUAAAACAAAAUAAUUUCAUUAAUGUGGAUGAAAAAUGGAAAACUCAGCAAAGGACAUGAACAAGUUGUUGGCAGAAGAGAAAAAACAAACAAAUGUAGUAUUGUAACUGGUAAUCAAAAGAUGUGAAUAAAAUUACAAUAAAAUACUGUUUUACCAUCAAA